AUGGAUGCCACAGCGUUGCUGUGCAACAUCUGCCCGAAGCAUCCCAAGUUCAGCGAUGUCUCGCAUCUGCUAACUCACGUUGCCUCCAAGGCUCACCUCUCCCACUACUUCAAGCUUCAAGUACGCAGCCACCAGGAGCCACAAGCCGAGGCCUUACUCGAGGACUACAAUCAAUGGUACAAGGCCAACAACCUGGCGAAGCUCUUGUCGGAUCGGAUGUCGUCCAAGGACUCACGCAGGAGAAAAUCACAGGGGAAGUAUGCCGUGCCAGAUACGGUUGGGCCUACGGACAGGGACAACGGGUAUCAGAUCACGCCGUUACCAACCGAUAACCCACACAACAACCUUCCGGACUACAUUGAUCCACGCCUCUCGGACCCUUUCUUGAGCUCGAGAAACAAUGCAGGGUACCCGCAGGCACCCACGCCAUCACCACAUGAGCAGACCGUGGGAAGUGUACCUGACCACUGGAAGCGUGAAAACGAGGACGAUUCAUCUCCAUCAUUAACACAAGCCACGCCGUGCUGGCCGAACCCUCUCCGGUCAGAGGAAGGUCAGGAAGCGAAAUCCUUGAACGGGCCCUUCAUUUACGAUCCUUUCGUGGACGACAAUGAUAGCCUUGCGUAUUCGAAUGGUAGCGAGGUGGACAAAGACAGAGCGGAUGAGAUUUCAAGACUCAAGGGUGUUCUGUGGCCCGGAAUGGACAUUUUUGACUCCGCCACCGAACAGAUGAAACGAAAGCGCAAUCAAAAGAAGGACGAGAGCAUCUUGAAGAUGAUGGAGAGGACAUCGAUGGGAGUGGAGCCGACUGAACUGGUAUUCUCACCGACUGGUGUCUUGCGGAAGCAGCGCGUGAUCUCAGGCAACGUUGAAGACAGCAGUCCUCUGAAGGGGGAGACGCCGAUACCGAAGAAGCGGGCCACUCGUCCCAAGCGCGUGCUUGCUCAGCUAGACCCAAACGCUCAACGCGAAGUGGAUGGAAAGAGAGCAAAGAAGAAUAUCAGGCGAGACGGCGACUCCUUUGGUGGCGAAGUUGAUCAACCCCAUCUAUAUACCCCUGAACGAGCUACGGUUCAAACAUUUGGUCGCCUUGGGGGUCAGAUGUCUGUCGGGGACAACCUGGAGGAGUUUGCGUUAGCCCUCCGUGACCAUGACUUCAAACAACACAGCAAGUUCACGAUAUUCCGUGAUAUGUCCGUACCCCGAGAACCUAGACCGGAGGACCAGCAUAGAUUUGUCCAAGGGGAGACUGCUGCCUCGCAGCCACUCUUCCUGCGAAGAGACAUUGCAAUCAAUGCCGACCCUCACUCACCACGCCAUGCUACUCAUUCCUCAAACCUACUCGAGAAAGGCUCUCGCACAAGCGCUGACAAGGAGAACAUGGAGCCGAUGCUCAAUGCCUUUGGUCGGAUCGAUCCCCUGGUCGGUUGGCAUUCACCCGUGAUGAAGCGGACCGAUAGAGGGCUGUCCCCUCAGUUUCUCUUCGGGGGAGAUGCACAUUAUGUCGGAUACAGCCCAUUCGAAUGCCAAGAGAGCCCAUCGGGUUAUUCGUUCAACCCUCUAGCCGGAUCUCUCACGAAGCUGGCCACGGAUGAAAACCCAAUAUAUGCAGCCGAACCUGAGAACGCGUUAAAAGCUCCCUCCGCAGCCCGUGUUAGUUCGCCGGACGCGACAAUCUCCGAGGUUGCAGACGAUGAUUUCGACCGCCUCUAUAUGGAUGGGAGCUCUUGA